AGCCUACAUAAACCAUAGUUUUUAAAAGUUUUCUAAAACAAAUCCCCCUAUAUACGUGAGGUAGAUUUGCGUGGUCACGCUGGUCUAUGACGCGGGCGAUUCUACACUCGUGGGGCCUCCUGAAAUGACUGCGAGUCACGAGAAGUCCCACGCCACAGCGCGCACUUCGCGCAUUUCACGGCCACGGCGUCGCAGCUCAGGGAUUCACGUGGGGUGGGCUGGCAAAAACCCACAGCAAACCCACAGCUGUGCGGAAAUGACACAGUACCGUCACGUCACGCGAGAGGGCACUGACUAGAGAAAAAAAGCAGCGGAGAGAAACACGGACAACAGUUACCCGUGGACAAAUCCACUUGAUUUAAAGACGCGACCAUGACUGAUGCCUCCUAACCUACUGCACACAGCUGCCCGGCGUCGCAAAGAAGUUAAAGUCGAGAAAGAUGCAGAAGACAUUAUUGAAAACUCAGAGGGAAAGAUGGAGAGCUUCUUUAAGCGCAUUACAAAACGUUCAGCAGCACAUGCAGGCCCUGAGGUGGAACAGCUCACUAGCGGGAAGAGGGUCAAGGUGACAACACAGGUAGGAGAACAUCUUGAUGGCAGUUCAGAUGAUGGAAGCAGGUCAUGCUCUCACAGUCACAGAUUAUCUCCUCAGGAGCAGAUUUCCAUCUCUUCAUACAGGAAACCACUCUACAGCAUCACACAUCGUAUUUCUGAACGUAAAGCUGCAUCCAAUCUGGACCAGCACGGAGCCCACAAUGGAGUCAGAGCGAGCCAUAAUGGUGUCCACUUCCAAAAACUGGGCAAUUCUAGAAAGCAUCACAUGUUUAAGGCCUCCCCUAGUGUGGGGGUCACGGGGUCUCCUGCUGCCUUGGAUUCUCACCUCUACCCGCUCAUCGAGAAGAUGUUCUUCCUCCUCAACACACUGAACUCCAGUAUGACCCAGCUGCACAGUAAGGUGGACUUGCUCUCGCUGGAAGUGACUCGCAUUAAAAAGCAGAUGAAGCCCUCUGAGAUGGUCAUGGAAUUUCAACCUCCUCCUGAAUACCAGUUGACUAGUGAUGAGCUCACCCAGCUGAUGGAGCAAACGUCCACUGCGGGCGAGCUUGGGUGCAGACUCCUUGUUCAACUGUUCCCAGAACUUUUCACAGCAAAGGAAUGCACGCACGGCUGCAGCACAUGCAGCCUUACGACUAAACGGACAUUAGAUUCAUUGCACCUUCAGUUAAUACGUAACUAUGUGGAAGUCUGCUACCCCCUGGUGAAAAAUGAAAAUGUCUGGCAGACGGAGUGCUUGCUACAGAUCAAUGAUUUCUUGAAUCGUUUCUGGGCUCAGAAGGACAUGGAGAGUGGUCAGAUGUGUGACAAACAGGCUCAGAUGAUUGUCGGGUUUGACAUGGAACCGAAUCACGCUUUCCAUUUCAUCAGUGAAGAUGCCCAGGAUGAGAGUCUUUCCCUCAACUCUGGAGAUAACAAUGAUGUUCAUCCCAAUAACGUCAGCUCAGAUAUAUUGUUCGACCCCCAUGAGGCUGCUGGUGACGACUCUGAAGACUUAACUUCCCCUGAGGAGCUUGUCGUGUUUUUGUUGAACAGACUCUUCCCAGAGGUGUUUGAGGAGGGCAAGUUGCCAGAGGGCCACAACAGCAUUGGACAGUUGAUCAUUGAUUCGGACAGACUGGAAAUUAUAAGAAAAUACAUGGAGGCCAAUUUCCCUGAUAUCCCAGAGGAAACCUGGCUGCAGUUGUGUGUACAACGAAUGGAGGAAGCACUGGAGAACACUUCAGUAAAUGGCAGUGGCCGUGACAACCGAGAGAUGUAUGAUACCACCCGUCUCCCUGAUAACAUCUCCAUUGUUAAGAUCAGUGACCUGUGUGAUUAUGAGAAACCAAAUCGCAGGUCUAAAAAAUCAUGGCUUGAGCCUGUAGAUUUCGAUAAACUACAGAUCCCUCCUCCAGACUUUGAUGUUCCACAGGAGUUUUUACUUACUAAGGAACAGCUAAAAAGCAACUACGAAUGCAGUUUAUCAAUUGGGAACUUUGCAUCUCGUCUCCUGGUUCUCAUGUUCCCUGAGCUCUUCACUUACGAGAAUGCACGAAAAUACUACAACUGCAGCGGAUCUCUAGGAAAGAAACAGCUGGAUCCUAUACGAAUCAAUCUCAUCCGACAUUACGUCCAGCUACUCUACCCGCAAGCUAAGAACGACCGCGUUUGGACUCUUGAGUUUGUCGGCAAACUUGAUGAGCGUUGCAGGCGACGGGAUACUGACCAACGACGUACAUACCAGCAACAACGGAAGGCCUGUUCGCCUGACCAAGAGCCUGACCCUAAAGACUCUCUGCUAACUGCUGGCCAAAUCAACGUUCUCACUUCAGAUCGUGUGAAAGAGGACUCUGAAGUCCUGUCUUCACCCCUGGAGAAAAGCAGCAAAGACUUCUGCAAGAUUCCUCUUGAGGACCUUUCGGUGUCCACCCCAGACUUCCCAGUGCCUUCUGACUACCUGCUCACAGAUGCUGAAGUGAGGGAGAUUGUCCAACAGAGUCUGUCUGUGGGAAAUUUUGCUGCCCGCCUUCUUGUCCGUCUCUUUCCGGAGCUUUUUACGCAGGAAAAUUUACGGCUGCAGUACAACCACUCUGGGGCCUGCAACAAGAAACAGCUAGACCCUGUGCGCCUCAGACUUAUUCGUCAUUACGUGGAGGCCGUCUACCCUGUUGACAAAAUGGAGGAGGUGUGGCACUAUGAAUGUGUGCCAAGCAUUGACGAGCGCUGCAGGCGCCCCAAUCGCAAGAAAUGUGACAUUCUAAAGAAGGCAAAGAGAUCAAACAACACUGUGACUUAUUCAUAAACAAUGUUCCUGCAAAAUGCAGACCUGUUUUCCUAUAUUUUACACAACAUACCUGUUAUUUGCACAAGUCCAUAAGCUGAAGCAUAUUGAAACUUGUCCUUGUUUGAGGUCCAGUUCAUGUCCAUGGCCUUUAAACAGGAUGGGAUAGUAGGUGACAGAAAAGUUUGUGAUUGAAGCCACUAUCACGUGACAGAUAUUAGUGUUACUAUUUAUAUGCCAAAAUAUUAUUGAUGUUAUUCUAAUGAUUAAUAGAUAAGCUAAAGUUAGCCUUAAAUCAACUUAAUGUAAACAUUUAGUUCUUUAAAAAAUAAUAGGUCACUUUAGUUUGGGAUGAGGGCAGAGAAGAUAUAUAUUGUUUUAAGUUGUAGCAAUGUUUAAGCACUGGCUUUUUCUAAUUAUCAACAUAUUGAAGUAUGUCCUGCCUUAUAGGAAGUCAAUCUUAUUCACCUGUACUAAACUAUAGCACCAGGUUUUAUGUUAUAUAUUUUUAAAUAAAAAAGUAACUUCCUAGCCGA